AUGAAAUUUGUCGCCCUCAUAAGGUACCCGUUUCACGCAGACUCGAUUUUCACAAUUUUCAAAUGCAUUCAAGAAGGGCAUGUGCUUGUUGCUGUUGCAAAUCUGGAGCCCCCAGCAGAUCAAGAAGAGCUUGAUAGCUACAUGUACCAGUCUGUUGGGCAUCGAGCAGUGCCAUACAUAGCUGAAGCCCUAUCAGUUCCACUGAUGCGCGAAAAAAUUACAGGCACUGCCAUCAAGACAUCGCUUCAUUACGACGAUAAGGAAUAUAACCCCAUGGAUGAGGUUGAGGAUCUAACCAAGCUUUUGGCCCGCGUUGAGGCCGUAUCUGCUGGCGCAAUUUUUUCGAAAUACCAAAAAGACCGCGUUGAGUCCGUUGCGAUCAGGUUGAACUUGCAUGUUUUGGCGCCGCUUUGGGAAAAGGACCAAUAUUUCCUCGUGAAGGAAAUGAUUGCCUGUGAGAUGGAAGUCAUCAUCAUAAAGGUGGCAUCACUUGGGCUCGGCAAAGAGCAUGUGGGGAUUCCGCUAGGCCGAAUGGUCGACCAUCUUGAGAGCCUUUCUGCCAAAUUUGGCUUUGCGGUCAAUUUUGCUGGCGAAGGUGGCGAGUACGAGUCUCUUGUUCUUGAUUGCCCGCUUUUCUCAUCUCGGCUUGAAAUGUACGUAAACGUUCGUGUGGUUGUUUAA